AUGGCUAGUGAGGAGAGUUUCGUAGUGUUGGUUCACCACAGAGGAUCCAUUAAGAGGAAAACUCGUUCCGGUGUGAAGUUCACUAAUAAGGAUCCUCUCUGUGUUAUCGUAAGGCCUACGACGAGGUAUGAGGACCUUGUUAGCUCUGUACUGCUGAAACUUGGUCUAAAAGGUGUGAAACGGGUCAAGAAGUUUUUUUAUCGAAUUCCAAUCAUGGUGCUCCAGGAAAUCGUAAAGUACGAUUGUUUCACAAUCGGGAGUGAUGAUGACUUGCAGGUCAUGUUUCAUUGUCGCCGGCAGUUUCCAGAGGUGAGGACACCAGAACUGUUGGCAGAGUUGGUUGACGCCGUGUCCAGCUCGGGGGGUUCGAACCGGAAUACCACCACUGUAGCCACGGUAGCCGGUUCUAGCUCAAGACCAGCCGUGGCAUCUUCCUCCGUCCCUGCGUACGAGCCGCCCCUCCAACCUGUCGCCUCCCCUUCGUUCGCUGUUGAUCUCAACAGGAGUGUAGGCGACGAGGUCGGAGAAGGGGAAUAUCCGCGGACCUCUUUACAGUGUCUUGUACCGGCUGGGGUUGGAGAUGGAUUCUUGGAUGAUCCAGAGGACGAUGAUGUCGAGCCAGAUAUGAUUGCUGAUGACAGUGGCGAUGAUGCUGGAGCAAGUGAGCCUGCUGGGGCGGGCAGUGGUUCUAGCUCUGGCACGCAGCAGUACCCUCCACAUUUUUCCUCUUUGGACUUGGAUGCCAUGAGGCAGGAGGGGGUACCUGGGCAGCCGGCUGGAUUUGGCGCUAGAGAUGCUGAAGGGUCUGCAGGUCUGACAGAGUUUCAGGUUGGUCAGCAAUUUCCGGAUAAAGAAGAGGCCCUCUUAAGUGUCAAGACUUACAGCAUCCGUCGAGGGGUACAGUACAAGGUCGUGGAGUCUGACUAUCGCCGGUAUGUGGGCAAGUGUUCUGAGUUCGGCAAUUGGUGCACAUGGUUGAUUCGGCUUAGUCUCCGACAGCGAAAGGGAGUUUGGGAGGUCAAACAUUACAACGGACCACAUACUUGUCUCGCCACCUCGAUUUCCAGCGACCACAGAAAAUUGGAUUACCAUGUGAUAUCGGCAUUCAUUAUGCCAAUGGUUAGGGCUGAUGCAUCCGUCAGCAUCAAGGUGCUCCUAAAUGCCACCGCAACACACUUCGGCUUUAGGCCGACUUACAGGAGGGUCUGGUUGGCGAAGCAGAAGGAUGUUGCCCUCAUCUAUGGUGACUGGGAUAAGUCGUACAAUGAGCUCCCAAGGUGGGUGUUAGGAGUCCAGUUGACGAUGGCUGGUACUGUUGCAGUCCUAAAGACGAGCCCUGUUCGUGUCGGUGGACAGUUGGACGAGUCUCGAGCUUAUUUUCACAGACUAUUCUGGACGUUUCCACCGUUAUGGGGAACGUUGCUUGUCGCGAUUGCACGGGACGGGAACUCCAACAUACUCCCUGUUGCAUUCGCAUUAGUCGAGGGUGAGAACGCUGAGUCGUGGUCCUUCUUUCUCUCCCACCUGCGUCAGCAUGUGACACCGCAACCAGGUCUGCUGGUUAUCUCGGACAGGCAUAACGGCAUCAAGGCCGCGCUUGAGGCUCCUGACGGAGGCUGGUUACCUCCGUCUGCAUACUGGGCAUUCUGCAUUCGACAUGUUGCGGCAAAUUUCGCCCUCACCUUCAAGGGCAAAGACGCAAGGAGGCUACUUGUGAAUGCGGCGUACGCUAAGACCGAGGUCGAGUUCCAUUACUGA